CGCCAUAUUGACUGUUGUCUUGCCUAGAGAAGAUAGGGAACAUUUGUGGUGCUAGAAGAAUCGAAAGUGUGUCUUAUUAAACCUGUAAACUGGUGCAAACUGGGCCAAAGGGUUCAAAGGAUACUUUCACGAUGGCAAGGAAGAAAAGCAAACAGCAAGGAGUCGGUCAGAAGGAUGCAUUGUCCGGACAGCAGCAGACCUUAUCGAAGAGCCCUGUCUCUCCCGGCGAUGCAGCUGGUGGCGGUGGAGAUGCAGGAGUGGAUAGACUGGCCAGGGCGAAUCAGUCUAUGCAUACUUGCUGCUUGCUAUGCCAUCGAGAGUUCAAGGAUUGGGGUGCAAGUUCUGUGAACGGGCUCCCCGCUCCCAAGUUGGCGGACGCGGUGCCAGCUCUGCCUCAGGCUCUCCUCCGGGAGGUCCCAGGCCGUAAACAAGCGGACUCGGUGCCUUCUCUGCUGGGCGAAGUGCCGCUGUGGAUCUGCCAGAGUUGCAAAAAGAGCGUGGAGGAGGACGAGAGGAGGGCAGUACAGGAGCAGGUUACUCCGUCACCCUUGUCGCACUCCUCCUCCUGUAAGUCGCAGACGUGUGGCAACGGUUUCCCCGAGCAGAGUUCGGUGGACUGGGACCCCAGCUCCUUCCUGUCAGCUCACAAGCUCUCGGGCUUGUGGAGUUCCGCCCACACCAACGGCGGCGUGCACUGCACCCACAACGCUGCCUCACACUCGCAACAAGGUGGAACGGUGGGACCAAGUUGUCAUGAGAAGAGAUCGUGUCACGAUGCCCCUGGGAAAGCCCCCAAGGUGACAGGGCCUAAGGUCUGUCCCUACAGUCAUCCAGCGUCCCAGAAUUCCAGUGCAACGUCUCCUGGUUCGCCACUGUCUACCUCUGCAGACCUUCACAAGACCACCCCCAAACACUUCAAAACAAUGUGCAGGCGACCAACCCCUCCAGGUGAAGCGCUCCACCCAGCUGACCACCACCAACACCCAGACCUGUCGGUGCCCCCCAACAGCCCCACGGGCCUCUCCUCUCAGCAUUCCUCCCUGCUGCCGCCCAAACAGACCUCCGGCGGCGGCCAGCACAUUCACGCAGGCUCCGCCAGUUCGGGUCUUCCGCCCUCGCACGCCCCGUUCUCUCCGCUGACCCCAGGCACUCUGCACGCCCCGCCGUCGAAACACCCCCCAGCCGGAUCGGAGGGCCCAAACGCCCUGCACAAGGCCGACCUCUGCAAGAACUCCCACAUUCCCACAGUCAGCUCUCAGCAUGGCAAGCUGGCUGCUCCCAUCAUGGGCUGCAACCACCCGUGCAACGGUCACAGUGGAGGCGUUACCAUGUCUAACGUGGGCCACUUACCUGCAGGGGCGUGCAGGGACCAGGCAUGUAAAGGGCACAAGCUGGCGAACGGGACGCUGUGUCACCCCCCCUGUGAACUGGAGGAUGGGGAGGACGAGGACAGCAGCUCGGAAAGGAGUUCCUGCGCAUCCUCCUCCACCAAUCAGAAGGACGGGAAAUACUGUGACUGCUGCUACUGCGAGUUCUUCGGACACAACGCGCCCCCUGCGGCGCCGACCAGCCGGAACUACGCCGAGAUCCGGGAGAAGCUGCGCACCCGUCUCACGCGGCGCAAAGAGGAGCUGCCGCCGCGCCAGGACUCGGACCCGGCCGUGCCCAGUGCCAUUGACCAUCGAGACGUGGACGAGCUGCUCGACUUCAUCAACAGCAGCGAGCCCAAGCCCGUCAACAGUGCCAAGGCAGCCAAGCGAGCCAGGCACAAGCAGAAGAAAAAAGAAAAGGAGAGGGCUCAGCAGUGUAAUGAGGAGGAGAUGUUUGAAGACCCGCACCCCUCCCCAACGGAACCUGAGGAGGACUCGCCCCCGGACGGCGAGGCCAGCCGCCUGCUGGAGUGGCCGCAGCUGGAGCUGGAGCGGGUGAACAGCUUCCUGACCAGCCGCCUGGAGGAGAUCAAGAACACCAUCAAAGACUCCAUCCGCGCGUCGUUCAGCAUGUACGACCUCAACCUGGACGUCAACGACUUCCCCAAGAAGGCCGCCACGCUGGAGGGCAACCACCUGCUGUCGCACCUCAACGGCUCGUCCGACCUGCAGCCCAUCGACCUGGACAUGGCCCCGCUCUCGCUGCGCGAUCUCAAGAGGGACCUGGAGCUGGUCAAUGGCUGGGAGGACGCUGCUGCUGCUGCUGCUGCUGCUGCUGCUGCCGCCGCUGCUGCUACUACUACUACUACGACGACCACCACAAACGCCUCCACCGCUGCCACCACCAUCAAUAACACGGUGCCCGCUCAGGACAUCCAGCGGCUCAACUCCACUCCGAGCCUGUCCAGACUCAUCCAUAUCCGCUCCCCAGAGAGGAGCCCGGCCCCGGGCUCCGAAGCCACCCAGCCCGGACCGGCCCCGCCAACCAAGCCCAAGGACGAGGCCCCGGACGCCAAGAAUACCACCGGAGCUGGAGCCAAGACGAAGAAGGGCAAGAAGCAGCAGCUGCAGCAGAGGCAACAACAGGACCAGCAGUCCCAGCAGGAGCCCAACCCAGCCAAACCCGCCAAAACAGGACAAGAGUCGCAGAAGGGCCCUGAAAGCCGGCCAGUAGUAUCAGAUGGCGAGAAGCCCUUCAAGAGCGGGCCGAAGCACGCCUCGCAAUGCCAGGCCACAGCAGAGAGCCAGAGAACCGGGCACAAGAAGAAUGAGGACGCCAAGGUACCCAAGCAGCAGCAUCAGCAGAACGGCUCCGUGAGGGGCGUGUCCAAUGCAGGCACCAACACGCCGAGAGGGAAGAGUGACGGCGACGCCAACUCCAGCACUCCAGCUAACUCCCAGCAGCAGCAGCAGGCUAAGGGCAAGAAUAAGAAGAACAAGAACAAGCCAGAUAAACCCAGCAGUACAGUUGAAGAUGUGUUCCUCCCCAAGGACCUUGAUCCAACAGAAAUGGAUGAGAUUGAUCGUGAGGUUGAGUACUUCAAGAGGUUCUGCCUUGACUCGGCCAAACAGACGCGACAGAAGGUGGCUGUUAACUGGUCAAACUUUACCCUCAAAAAGAACGCAGCACAGUAAUGGAAGCCCUCACCAAACCGAGGGCAACCCCCCCCAGACCUUCCAGCGUGACUAUUUGUCACAACACAACACACCACCCCAGACCAGACUGAGAUCCAUCAUCGCAUAUACACUCGGGCUUCACAUAGACUGCCAUACUGAGAACUGUCGUUUCACCUUGCUCUCCACAAAUGGAAUUUUACACACACACAAAAAACAUCCCAACAUGUCCAUACUCAUCCCUCAACCUGCUAGCAGUUGAUGUUGUUGGAGCCUUGUCCUGGUCAACAACAACAACAGCAACAACAAAAAAAAACAUACGAAAGGGUCUUAGGUUUCAGGCUCUUUGCUUCAUACAAGUGUCUGCUUCAUACAUUGUGUGUUAAAGUUAUUCUUACUUUUUUAUCUUUUAAAAUAAAACCAUUUUUUUUGUCUUUUCUUUAUCACAGAAAAUAUGGCACAUCUUAACAGUUCUUUACCCCUUGGAUGUCUAACAGUUUAUUUGUGUGCUCUGAAAGGUACUACCUGUUGCAAGAAAAGAAUCCAUCCAUGACAUGUUCAUUUUAUCAUGGGAGCCCUACCUUUCCCAAUCACGCUCUCUGAAUCUAUGGUCUAGAUUGGGGGGGAACUCCCUCAGUUUGACGAACUGAAAACUGACUCACAAAUUAGGACCCUUUUUUUAUGCAUUUGACCAAACACAACUGCUUUUUGAAGUUCCUCUCUCUAGUGCUCUGUCAAACAGCACCAUGAUCAGAAAACUCACAUGAUCACAACAGUCAGCUGUGUGGGUUUGACUUGGCCACAGCUCAUCCGUAAGACUGAAUGCUGGUCAUUGCAGAGGGGUUGCGGUUUUUAACAGGGAAAGGUAUGGACACAUUGUUUGAUUUCUUUUGCCCUGUCUGUCAUAUUAUGCUUCAGAUAAAUAUAGGAGUCGAUGACCAUAGUGGGCGGCCCUUGUACUGUACCAUGCUGUUUUAAAUUGUGACAUGAAAUGGUUUCUGUUUUGUUUUUUAAACAUGAUUUGCAAAAAAAAUUCAACACUAAUAUAAACUUUGAUUAAAAAAAAGAUAUAUAUAUAUAUAUAUGACUGUGUUUUAACACUUAUACAUGGAUGUUACAGGGGUGAUUCCCUUGCAUGAUGCUUACAGGCAACAAGUAUAUUUGAGAGAAAAACAAAAAACAAAACAAAAACAAAGAGAUUUCCCGUCAUGUUUUCAAAAGUCUGUGUCAAUUGCAAUUCACUAUUUGAUCUUGUCACUUCCAAAGCUCAUUUUAUUCUAAUGAAGUCCCACAUCACACUAAGUUCUAUUCCCCUCAUUCCCUACCCCCCCCCCCCCCCCCCCUGGUUAUGAAUACUUCAUAUUGGUGUGUUGGUCCUGUCCCCGAUGCUGCUGUAGCCGAGCGCAGUCUGUGUCACUAAUGACACUCCAAUCACUUCAACAGCCUUAUUGGCAUCAGGCCCUCUGCCGUUGUCUUGCUCGUCCUUGUCCUUCUCUCUGUGUAGAUGCAAUCACAGCAUAUGUGUCACAUGAUCUCUCUAUCUCGCUGUCUUCUUCCUCCUGAUUUUCCAUAUCUCACAAAUACUUCUAAGUACAGAGUUGGUCAUUAUUGUGGUUGCAAGAAACUGACCACAAAGGUACAGCAUUUGUGACUUAGACUCCAUUUAUUUUGAUUUUUUGUUUGUUUGUUUGUUUGCUUGCUAGUUUUUGGGUUCAAGUCACUGCACAAGCUCCUAUCAAGGUAACUGGUUGUACCUUCCUUCUGAGAAGAAAAAAAAUCAACUGACAGUUUAAAACUGACAAUUUGGAAACCGAGGAUUUGAGGGAAUUUAUUCGAUGACUCCCAUUUGCUUGAAGGUUUGAGAUGAAUACAUUUGAGUUUCUCUUUUCAUAUUCUUCAACCUCUCCGAUGCUAUCAAGGUUAUAUUAGACUAGAAGACAUCUUAAGCGGAAUGUAGAUUUAUACUAUACCAUUUAACAGCCAAGUGUAUGUUGGCUGUCUUUUUUUUAUUAAUAAUAUUAUUAUUAUUAUUCACUUUUUGAUACU